UAUAAGAUUUAUAUAAUUGUGUAUACACGCGUUAUUGUGUUUUUAGGAUAAAGACUGCACAAUGAUGGAAUCACCUCUCUCACACAAACUAUCCCCACCACGGGCCCACACUAGUCCAGGACCCACCCCAGGGACCAUCAGCCUCACCCACGGGAUGAUCGCCACCGUUAACCAGCAUAACAGCCUACUGAGCAAACUACACAAACCAACGACAUAUAGUUCACCCCCACCCGUGGCCUGCAACCCCGACAAUAACGUCUGCAAAGUAAUAACAUACCGAGGGGAAAAAGUCGCUGCCUUUACCGUGAAUGGUGUGGAACUUAUUUGCCUCCCUCAGGCAUUUGAACUUUUUCUUAAACAUUUGGUUGGAGGUUUACACACGGUGUACACUAAACUGAAGCGACUGGACAUCACCCCGGUAGUAUGUAAUGUGGAGCAAGUCCGAAUCCUCCGGGGGCUAGGGGCCAUACAGCCAGGGGUCAACCGAUGUAAGCUCAUCUCUUGCAAAGAAUUCGAUGUACUCUACGACGACUGUACCAAUUCAAGUGCUCGUCCUGGGAGACCACCUAAAAGAAGUCCCUCUAUCCAUGCCAGUCCUGAAACUCUGGAGAAGCUAAAGAAAUGCAGAGUUGAUGGCGACUACCCUUUUGAUCCUCGAGCUCUUUAUGACAGAAAAGCUUUCUUGAAUGGAUUUCAUAAUCCAUAUGCCAUGGGACCACUUGCUCCUUUUAUGCCAAUUAACCCAGUGAACAUAAUGACCCCACCAGUUUCUAUGGCAAUGGCCUCUCACCUUGGACUGCGCCAUGAAGGUUCCAUAAUGAAAGACAGGACAAAUUCAGAGUCUGACCUCAUAUCACCAAGAUGUCGGGAUGAGCGCUUGGACAAUUCAUUAAAGAGUAGCCACAUUACAUCACCACAUUAUGAAUCUGACCGACUGCGAAGUUUGGACUAUGAUAAUAACAAACCUUUGAAUUUACAAGUGAAUGGCCAUGCCAAAGAUCUCUCGACUAAGUACCAUGGGAAAAGUGAGGACGAAGAGGAUGAUGAUAGACUUUCUGAUGAUCAUAAUGAUGAUUUGGAGGACAGCCUUGUGGGCAGCGAUUCCCUGAAUGGCAGCGACCUUGGGGACAAAGUGGCACCCCAGGUGUCCUCAUUCCAAGCCCAGCUCCAGAAUGGAGAAAUCCCGAACAUUUCCUCCAUAGAAACCCUCCUCCUGAAUAUUCAAGGACUCCUCAAAGUCGCUGCCGAAAAUGCCCGCCACCAUGAAAGACAACUCAGCAUUGAAAAGACUGAGCUUAAAAUGGAAUUACUCAGGGAGAAAGAAAUGAGAGAGGGAUUAGAGAAGCAACUCUCAGAAGAACACAAAAGCAAAGCCAUAUUAUUACGGCGCAUCAAGAAGGAAAAGAGAGCUCGUCGCAGACUACAGGAACAGGUUGGUGCGAAUCAGAGCGAGGAAAACAAAAGCAAUCUGAAUGAUGCGGCUAGUGUCACCAGCCAAGACUCAGAUAAAGUCACACCUGAAAUGCCAAACGAAAAGGAGACAGAAAAAGAGAAUAAUACUGAGUCAGAGAGAAGAAAUUCAGAUGUUUCACAGGACCGAGCGAGUCACCUGUUUGAGAAUUUCAUUAAUCAUAAUAACAACAACACCAGAUUUCCUUACCUGACCCCCCUCAAAGGAGAAGUCCAGUAAAAUCAACACCAGAUUUCCUUACCUGACCCCCCUCAAAGGAGAAGUCCAGUAAAGUCAACACCAGAUUUCCUUACCUGACCCCCCUCAAAGGAGAAGUCCAGUAAAGUCAACACCAGAUUUCCUUACCUGACCCCCCUCAAAGGAGAAGUCCAGUAAAGUCAACACCAGAUUUCCUUACAUGACCCCCCUCAAAGGAGAAGUCCAGUAAAAUCAACACUGAAUCUAUACCUUGCCCACCCUCAUAGUCAAGAUCUGUGUAGAUUACCACAAGUAUACCUACAAAAUGUUUUCAUUAACCUUAGACACAAAUGGCAUGUUGUAGAUCAUUAUGAAAUCCAUACUUCAUUAAAUACUCAUCAAUGUGAGGAGGACAUUACAUGUAACUAUACCGAGCAAUCAAAGCAGUGGGAGAGUUAGGGCUUGUGUUAGAGGACAAGUCCUUUGGUGAUGUACUGCUUAGCAAAGCUCAGCCAUUAUUUAUGCCAUGUCAUGGAACAGUGAAAAAUAGAGUAGUUUUUUUGUUGUUGUACAUAUAUUAUGAAGAAAAAGUACAUAUUAGUUUAAAUGAGCCCUCAUUUCAUAUGUGCAUUUUGUUGACGUUCAUGAAAUUGAGUUCCCUGUUUAAGGAUGGUUCUUUAUUCCUUUCUUAAACAAAAAAAAAAUGUUUUAUUUUAGAACUGUUUUGAAAUAUUAUGGUGCUUAAUAUGGUUUAGAUUUAUAGCAAUAUUUUACCACAAGAAAUAAAAAAAUUGUUUAAAGGUUUUACUGUAAUCAUAAUGUGAAAAAGUCCUUUUAGUUUUUGUCCUAGCUUGAUCAAUCAUUUCCUGAGAUGUUCAUUAUUGUCAUGAGAAGACAGUGCAAUAUGUGUGUCCUAUGUAUAGUUGUUUUAGGUGCUACAUCCAUUGUUAUAGAACAAUCCACAACAAGGAAACUCUCGCCUUUGUUGGUUUGAAUUUUGUAUAAUAGUCAUGUGUAACUGAAUAUGAUGACAUUCCUCAUUUUGUCAUGUGAAAAAAAAAUAAUAAAAGGUAUUAGCCCUACAAAA